GUAGGAGGUUUCGUGGUCGUGUGGAUCUUUGCGCUUCGUUGAAAAUCCGCGCGUGAUAAAAAGGACAACGGUCUGAAUGGAUUACACAGAUUGGGUGUAUCGAAAGGAGCAGUGAUUCUUUCGAUUCGAUCGAGAGACUCGCGAUGGAAGGCGAUAGAAAACCGGUGUUAAAGCUAUUGCUUUUCCCCAAGAGGACUGUGUUAAAGUACAAACUGCUGAUUCAGUGACAGGGUGCUGUUUUUACGUGUUUUGUUGUCUGUCGCGAAUCGAUCAACAGGAGAAGAAGAGUGUUUAUUCGGUGUGGAACAACGUGCUUUAGGACACAGUGGAAUCGUCACCUGACGUUGGGCGAGAGUUAUCUGUCGGCAUUGAUCGGUCCAGGAACAUAUAGAGGUCGAUCCGUGGUAACACAGUUUCGAUUUGGGACACGGAUUUUUGUUUUGAAAAAAAGAAAAAAGAAGAAGUAGAUGCUCCGUUUCGUAAUCGUAAGACUGACGAGAUUCAUCGGUUCGCACCGAUAAUGCUCGCUUGGAAACGUGUAUGUUAUAAUAGACGUUUCUGUGCCAAAUUAACACGUGCCAAAGCGUUUCAAUUGAAAGUACAAGUUUUCUAGUAUUAUCGUCUAACAAUAACACUUUGUAUUAUUAUCUAUUGUUGUUUUAUAGUUUUUAUUGGUAAGGUUCGUUUUAUACGCGUAAGUUGUUUUAUAUAAGAAGGGGACUCGUUUUAUUUGUACGGAUAUUUUUAUUCUGGUCUACACUGAUGAGGAACAAUUACCGCAAUAUGUUUUUCGCCGGCUACGGAUAUUCCAAUCAACAUCAAAACAAUCCACCCUCGCCGACCAGGACCAGCGCAUGGGGUAGCGUUUACAGCCCAUUUCGAAACACAAAUUUGCCGUUACAAGACAUAACUAUGAGCCAGACUUUACCAUUAAUAAACGGUACAAAUGUGAAAUCGCCUGGUAAGACCUCCCCAACGGGGGUAAUCGGAACUAGAGACGGGGGAGGAAUCGGUAGAACAAUGAAAGAAUACGAAGACCAAUUAGAAGCUCUUAAAAAGGAGAACUUCAACCUUAAAUUACGAAUUUACUUUCUCGAAGAACGAAUGGGUAUUACGUCGGCGGACGAAAAUGCGAUCAAGAAGAAUAUUGAGUUGAAGGUUGAAAUUGAAUCAUUGAGGAAGGAGCUACUUGAGAAGCAGGAACUUCUUAGUCAAGCAGCCAAAGCGUUCGAAUUAAUUGAAGAACAAAAAGAAGCUUCCUCGAGGAAUCAAGCUCAAUAUCAACAGUCCCUUGAAAAUGAACGAGAAAAGAUCAGGCUGCUUGAGAAAGAAUUAGCGGAAUACCAGGAAAAGGUUGCAGAUGCAUCAAUCUACUAUAAGGAAGCAUUCGGCAUUACGCCAGAGAAGGCACUGGAGAACGAAGAGAAAUUGCAUCAAAUGGAGGAACUUGUUGCAUCUCUAGAGGCCGAGGUGAAACAGGUAACGAACAGUUUAGAAGAGGAACGUGUUUGGGCACAAGAGCUAGAGAGCGAAAGGGACGAAUUCAGGGAACGUUUAGAAGCUGAGACGCGUUUGAAAGAGAAUUUGGCUGCAGAAAGGGUGCAAGACAUAGAAGAGUUACGAGAGAAGGUAAAAGAGCUGGAGGAGCAAGUGUUGAAAAGAGAUACCGUCGUUCAACAGAGUCGAAACGAGCUGAUUGAAAAAGAAAGAAUCAUUAAGGAGAAAAACGCUCAGCUGGAUGAGAAGUAUCGAGCGUACGAGGAGCUGAAUGCAGUUUCAGAGAAAAGAAAGAAACAAGUCGAUCAGUUAAGGGCUUCUAUAAAAACCAGGGACGAUGCCCUCACGGAUCUGAACAACAAACAUCGUGCCCUACUCACUCAGUUUGAAAACGGUUACGCCAAGCGAUCUCCACCUAGCAGUCCAUCGGCUAUGAAUCCAAUUGAAGAUCCUUUACAAUCGAGAAUGGGACAGAAGUUAACGUGUGUCCAAGGGAUGACGAAGAAGGCAAACACUUGUCUCGAUUGGGAACCAAACCGAGAAAGGUCAACGAGAAUGAAGUCGCCAUUGCAAACUCUUAGCGGAGAGGUCAAAGACGUGAGAGAUUUGAUCAAGGAAAUAGAAGAAAAAGAUGCUGACUUGAAACGUCAAGAAGAAUCAAGAAAGCAAUUGGUAUUGAAGUUGUGUAACAUGCAAAAGCACGUUGAAACGACGGACUACAGGCUGAAGAAGUUGGAAGGAGAACACGAGAAAGCCAUCAAGACAAUCCAAGGAUUCAUGGAGAGACAACAACAACUGGAGAACGUGAAGCUGAGGAAGGAACAGAAGAUCAUGGAGUUGGAAAUCGAAUUGAACAGGUUACGAGAGUGCGAGAAUAUCCAGUCAUCGAGGGAUAGUCAUAAUCAGUUUAUUCGAAGAGACUUCAGCACCGACAUGACGGAUGAUCCGGAGCGAGAUCCCAGCAAUCAGCAACGAUUCGACGAAAUGGAAGCCAAAAUUAACGACCUACGAGACCAAAUAGAGACGAUCAAGGCUGAGAAGAGUCGUUUGGAGAAGCAGAUUGAAGUUGAAUCGGAGGAACUGCAGGGACGACUUCAAGACAAGGAACAGAAGAUAGAAGUUUUAGAAAUCGAGAAGCAGACGAUAAGGGAGCAACUACAAGACAAAGAGAAGGAGCUCGACAAAUUAAAAGAAACAGCGAAAACUGAAGGUGAAGAGGUGCUUGAACGAGAGGACCUUCUUCGACAACUUCAGCAACGAGACACAGAGAUAGAGGAGAAGAAUCAAAAGAUCGAACAGCUGUCGAAAGAGCUGCAGGUGAAAACUCAGAAUUUGCAGAAGCUGGUGAACACGGAAUUGUGGAGCAAGAACAAGGAAAUAGCGAAACUCCAUAACCAUAUGACUGCCACCUACUGUCACGAAAGGAGCCGAAACAAGUCGGACAUGAUGCAAGAGAGCGCCAGCGCGCAGCUAUCGACCCUGGUCAAGGAAUUGAACGACAUUGGUAUCAGGGUAACGUUUACCAAUGAAGUGAUCCAACUGAACUACGUCGACGGGAACGAGCCCAUUGAUGUAAAAACCAUGACGGAUUAUGUACAGAAGCUGGUGAUGCAGAAGAACGAGUUAGAGAAGGAAGUCGACUACUUGAAGUGGUUGAAACUAGUCUCGAGACCGGACAUUGCGACAGAAAUCGACGGAUACGGGGAUAACCAGACGGAGAGAGCGAAAAAGUAUUGCGAAUUGUUACGUACUCAUUUGAAAGACUUGAUGAAGUUCAUGCAAGAGAUGAUGAAGACUGUAGACCAUGCAGACACAGUUGGUAAUGAGCAUAAAAGGAUUGUACUCGAUGUGUUGAUGAGCUCGAAGAUACUGUCUGAUGAUUUUGUUAACGCAUUGGAGGGUCUUUCGACCAAUGAUCUUCCAUUUAACUUGGAGCAAGUAAGCGCAAGGUCGAUGGAUAAUUCGGUGAAGAAAAGUUGGUCAGAGAAUCUGCUCAGUGCUACUAAAAACCAUGGCUCUACGCAGUCUGAUUCAGAAGCGUUUUCAGAACCGGAUAGAACUGUUUCUUUGGCUAGGAUUGGGCUACAGGAGACGCAACAGAAAUCGUUGAAUCGAUCCAGGUUUUCUAAGUACACCAAGACGUUCAGCGAUUCUGAGGACUCCUUGGAGUAUGUGCCUUAUCAUAAUAUUUAUCAAAAUGAUUUGAAUGAUUCUGAGACGAGUCAUCAUAUACAAGAAUUGAAGGAAACGAAUGCUUUGUUGUACAAUGAGCUCAGUGCUCUUAGAAAUGAUUUGACCAGCAACGUUUCGUUCGAUUGUGAAUUUGAUGAAAAAAUAUCUCCCUUAAUCAUUAAAUUGGAAAAGUCGCAGAAGUUCUGCGAGAAAUUGCAAUCGUCUUUGGAAAGGAGAACACACGAAGUUCACGUGUUGAAGAAGGAAAAUAAACAAAACUGUGCUCGCAAAGCACAAUUAGAAAAGAAAUUAGUUGAUCUGGAAAGUAUGGCAGCGGAAAUGAACAAACAGAAAGCCGAAUUGAUGCACUAUAAAGAAAACUCUGAGAGGAAAACCGCGGAGAUGUUGAUAACGCUUAACAGAGAAAAUGAUGCGUUGAGAACACGAAUUAAGAAGCUAGAGGAAGAAAAUGAAACUGCUAAAGCAAGCAUAUCAGCAUUGACAAAAGAAUUGGACCACCUCACUCUAUCGCACAGCCAAAUUCUUGUAGAAAAUACUAAGUUAACGAAUGAUAAAUUACGUUUGGAGCAAGAAAUGAGGAAAACAGAGAGUAGAUGUGAUAUGACCGUCCGUUCUAUACACGACAAAUUUAACAAAGAGAUAUCGGAUCUAAAUCAAGUAAACGAAUCUCAUAGGGUACGAUUACAGGAGCUAGAGGUCGCUAACAAAGAACUCCGAAGGCAUGUUGCACUUUGCGAAGCAAGUGAUUCGGCGCCAAGUUCCAGUGGAGUUUCUUCAAUACCUACAGAGGCUAUACUGAAACAAACAUGCGAGGACUUCAUGCAAGAAUAUCCAGCUUAUAGCAAUUCGCAAUAUUGGUUACCUGUAAGUUACCCAACGAUGGGUGGACGUAGCAAGACAAGUUGUUCACCAGAUUUAGGGAUUGAGAGCGAUGCAGCUAUUACAACUAUGAGACCAUUAAAAGAUACUUUGAAAAUCACCGAAUCAAUGACAAAUUUAUUAAGCGACGAAGACAAUGGCAAUAGUAACAGAGCAGUUCGAGAAAUGGAUAACGAAAGCCCAUUGCCGAUAGAAGGUCUCGACGAGGUGGAAGCUUUAAAACAAGAAAAUGAAACGCUGAAGAGAAGGCUAAUGAAAACUAGAAGGGCAUUAGAGGAUACUUUUCAACAUCUAUCCGCGUCGAACAAAAACAAAAAGAACGUCGAAAAGGCUAUAGCAAAACAAUUACAAAUCACGAAGAGUAUACUGAAGAAAACAAGGACGUACGAGGAGCCGUUGGAUAAUUGAUAGAGUUAGAGGAACCAGAAUGUAAAGUCGCUGUUGGUUGCAAAUUUUAAAAAUUGACGUUACAGUUUACUUUUUAUAAUUGCGUUAUUAUUAUAUCUCUGUUAUUGACGCGCUGUUUGAUUCUAUUUAAAUUUCAAAUUAAAAUUGUACCAAUUGAUAAACGACAGCGACGCUUGUUAUAUUGUGUGCUAACUGCGAGAAAGUAUUUUCAUACAUUUGUGAAAAGAAAAGAAUGAAGAAGGUAAAGCGUACUUUUGAAAAGAAGAUGAAACUGUACAUUGUGAGUUUUGUAUAUAAUUGUGUAAUCGUUCUUUUGUAGAUUGUUUCUUCUUUCCAAAGAUUUACGCAGUUUUAAUUAACAAAAGAUAAAACUGUCCAUUUUAUCGUAUUUCGUGUUUUUCGAGACCAGAAAUUCGUGCUCGUGUACAUAUAAACUCAGAAUUUAUCAUUUUACUCAGCAUCUGUACAUAGUCCCACAAAUAAAGUGCCAUUGAUAUUUGACAAAUAUUGAAA